AUGAUCUGCAUCGAUAAUACUUUCGAGAUCAGCUCGUCCGUAGGUAGCACAGGAAACUUGGAUCCCCUAGCCAGUCUCUGUAAUAACUCUACCUGCACCAGUCCGAGCAGGAAGAGAAGACUAAGCAGUAGUAGUCAGAUCAGGAUCAGGGGUCGAGAUCCCAUCGUUGUGCCAGGAACGACUGCUCAACCACUUCACCACCAGUACGAGUCGCGUUUGUCGGGAAUCUCGGAUGACAACGGAUUCAGCUACGGCAAAGUUUUUCCUCAUCGGACAGUCAAACGAUCCAAGAACAUCUACAGCGAUCGUUUUAUCCCGUCACGGCUCACCACAAAGCUAGAUACUGGUUUUGGUCUUACAGCAGAUUCACCGCGUCAAUGCAGCAAUCAAAACUACCAUAAGGGUACAGGUCGACGUCAGGGUGGCUCCGGGUCAACUUCUGCACCUUCAGGCACUAGCUCCACGGUGAACGGCAGCCAAAAAGCCCAGGGAGCAAAGGAUCGAUCUUCAUCACAGUACUCCAUGAUGCUGAAAAGAGAAUUGUUCGGCAUGCAUUCACCAACGCGCACAGACUUUGGCGGUGGCCAAUCUUCUGCUGCCUUGAGCGUGGCUAGUCAUGAUACUAUGAGUGCACUGUAUGACCCGAGAUCGUCUUCGUGCGUUCGCACUUAUGACGGCAGUACGGCGUGCAGACGACCGAGCAGCACUUCAUCCAGCAAUAUUUUACGGUUCAAAGCUCUCCGACGAUCGCUAUACGGCGACGUGAAAACAGCUAUCCCUCAUUCGGGACUGACUGACUCUACACAUCAGUAUUGUGGUGCAGGUUUGCAUGAUGGAGAAAAUGGUCGUCGACGCAUUGCAUGCACGCCUUUUAAAGUGCUGGAUGCGCCAUCGCUGCAGGAUGAUUUCUACCUGAAUCUCGUAGACUGGUCGACCACAAACAUUGUGGCAACAGGAUUGAGCUCUUGUGUGUAUCUCUGGAGUGCCUGCACCAGUAAAGUCACGAUGCUGUGUAAUCUUGGGCCUAACGAUUCUGUCACCUCUGUUAGCUGGAGCCAGCGGGGCACACAUCUAGCAGUGGGAACAAACCGCGGCGAAGUGCAGAUUUGGGACGUCAGCGCUGCCAAAAAGAUCCGUACCAUGACCGGACAUCUAGCUCGCGUUGGAAUAUUAGGCUGGAAUGGCCAGUCGUUGGCAUCUGGAAGUCGGGACCGCACCAUUCUAAUGCGUGAUCUACGAACGCAAGAGCCAUUCCAGAACAAAUUAGCAGGUCACAAGCAGGAGGUGUGCGGCCUGAAAUGGUCCUUUGAUGGUCGGCAGCUAGCGUCAGGAGGCAACGACAACAAACUGCUGAUUUGGAAUGCGCAAUCGAUGUCCUCGGGUCUACACGGGGAUGCCACGAUGCCUUUGGCACGCUUUCACGAGCACUCAGCGGCUGUAAAAGCUAUUGCGUGGUCGCCACACCAACACGGACUUUUGGCUUCCGGCGGUGGCACGGCCGACAGAUGUAUUCGCUUCUGGAACACACAGUCACUGACUGCAUUGCCCUUCGUGGACACGGGUUCGCAGGUGUGUAACCUCAUGUGGUCAAAGAAUGCCAACGAGGUGGUGAGUACGCACGGCUACUCGCUGAACCAGAUCAUUGUCUGGAAGUAUCCGACAAUGACUAAGUUAGCCACGUUGACCGGGCACACGUUCCGCGUGCUUUACCUGGCCAUGUCACCCGACGGCCAGACAAUUGUUACAGGGGCAGGAGAUAAAACUUUACGAUUCUGGAACGCCUUCCCGCAUACAAACGCUCAACGUGGAAGUCGCUUUGGGACAGACCAGAUGCUACCGUUAAACGUUGGCAAUGAAAUCCGAUAA